GUUUUUGGCACUUAGCUUUUUAACAAACUUGAGCCUUUGUUGAUGAGGAAGCGUUUAAGGAUUGGUAAAAAACGAGACAUGGAGUUAUGUUUUGAAAAUGAGUGCACAGGCUUUGCAUGACAUUCUGUAUGCAUCUCAAAUUUUGAUUUUUUGCAAGUGCGCUACUCGAACAGCGCCAUCUAUUCGCUCCGCGAAGCCUUUCAGUCAGUACCGCCAUUUUAUUUCGGGAAGAAAGUCGACCGAGAACUUGGUGCGAAAAUCCGUCUCCAUCCUAUCUUCUAGACCUUCUGGUCAGUUUCAACCAUGAGUGGAGGAGGUAUUCCAUAUCUCGGUAGUAAGAUAAGUCUGAUUUCUAAGGCUGAAAUUAGGUAUGAAGGGAUUCUGUACACCAUCGAUCCCAACGAAUCGACCGUAGCUCUUGCCAAAGUUCGGUCAUUUGGGACAGAGGAUCGACCGACUGAUCGUCCAGUUGCUCCUAGAGAUGAAGUGUUCGAGUACAUCAUCUUCCGGGGAACUGACAUCAAGGAUCUGCAUGUGUGUGAGGCACCUAAGCCUGUCAUCCAGUCUGUUCCGUCAUCUAUGCCCCAAGAUCCUGCAAUAGUAAAGUCAUCUAACCCAACAACGAUUGUACCACCAGGGUCAUGUCCACCAAACCAUGGCCAGUACACCCCCAGCUCCACCACCUACCAACCAUUUGGGGCUAAUAUGCCUCCUUAUAACCAGUUUGCAGGUCAGCAACAGGUUCCUGUGCAGCAGCAGUUUGCAGGUGUUGGUCAGUCCUCAGUAGGGUCAGGUGGUUCGCGUGGAGCAACUCCUCCCAUUAGCCGUAAGUCUCCAACGAUGGAUGCAGGUGUGCAAGUUAACUCUAGACCCGCCCCUAAACCUGGAUCUCGUGGGUCAACCCCACCCCCAGCACGCAAGUCCCCUACUCAGGAUGUUAGCACGCAAUCAUCCAAUCAAGUAUCUCGGGAGCAACGCAAUUCUGAAUCCAGUCACUCAUCUCAAGAUAAUCGUCGUGAAUUCAGUCGGAGUCAACAACGUGGGGGUAGAGAUGGGAACUACAGGGGUCGUGGGCGAGACCAUGGGCAUCGCGGUGGAAUGGAAGGUCAUGGUGGUGGUAUGGAAGGCCAUCGUGGUGGCAGAGGAGGAUAUAGAGGUCAAAGUGGUGGGUUCAGGGGUCAUCCUAGGGGUCAAAGAGGAGGUCCCAGAGGAGGUAAUCGUCCCCCAGGUGCUGGUAGACCAAGAGAACCAUUGAAAUUUGAUGGAGAGUUUGACUUUGAAAGUGCAAAUGCCAAGUUUGAUAAAGAAGAAAUAGAAAAGGAACUGAAGAAAAAGCUGACCAUCUCUGACAAGCCUCUUAAUGGUGAAAAAGAGACCGGUUCAGAGGAUGGCGAGAUCAUUGAGGAAGUUGUAGAAAAUGAAAAUGAUAUUGAUGAGGAAUUUUACAAUAAAAGCAAGUCUUUCUUUGAUCGUAUCAGUUGUGAAGCUACGGAUAAAGAAAGCAGAGGAAGGCCAAAUUGGCGAGAAGAAAGAAAAAUCAACACUGAAACAUUUGGUGUUGGAAGUACACGGCAGUAUCGUGGUGGACGAGGCUGGAGAGGGGGGUACAGAGGUGGUUUCCGUGGCAACAGUGGUUUCAACAGAGGAGGCUGGAGAGGAGCACCACAAGGAGGAGGCAGACCAGCAUUUAGAGGAGGCAACGUGCGAGGCAGGGGUCGUCGUGGCAACCAGGGUUGGGUAGAUUACGACUAUGAUUAUGAAGCUGCAGGAAUAGAACGCAGCAAAAAUGCAGAGAAUGCCAAUAGAAACCAAACAGCCAAAGCAUCAUCAUAGUUUCAGAUCCUGCCACUUGUAAUAACCAUCCUUAAGCUAACCAGCAAUAGUUUGUCAUAAAAUAAAUACAAGAAACACACCAGUCAAAGUUGAGUGCAACGCUUCUUCUGCCAUAUAAGGGUACGACAAUGGAUAUAAUGAAUCACAAUGGAUGGUGAUCAUAGAAAUCUCAUACAAUGCUUCUGCAUAAGCCGAUGUCAAAUUUGGACUAUUUAUUAUCGCCUUUGACAUGGAGUCUGUAAAUGACAUUGUUGUCCGAGGACAUUGAAGCCAAUAAGGCAAUAAGGUGACAUUGCUUAUUUAAUCAAUUAUAUAGAAUUUUGUGUUCAUUCAAUUUUUGUAAAAAUGUUAUAUUAUUUUGAGUGAAUAGUUUUCAUGCAUGAUGAAAUAUCAGCUGUUUACAAUGGAUUCAAUUUAAUUCUUUUUUUACUACAGCUGCACACCAAGUGCCACUGCUUGUUCCGUUAUUGAACUGAUAUUUGAUGAUGCUUGUUAAAUAUAUUCAAGAGAGGGCGGCACGCGUAUCAGCUGAAUCAGACAGUUUAGUAAGCUAGAUACGGUGUCAGUAAGCCCAUAUGUGAAAUGAAAACACUGGUGUGAAUAGUCACCUUAAACAUAAAGCAGAAUGGAGCAUUAUACUGCAGGAGAUAUGCAAAUGAAGAAGAAGCGUAAUUGGAGUUAUUAUUUGAAAUUUAUUUAUAAAUCAUUGUAUCACCACUUGACUCCUAUGGAGCUUGUUAUUGAGAUACAGUUAUAUGUGAUUAUAUUUUGCUUUAUAUUGGGUUUGAAACCAGACGAUAAGGAGAGAUUUUAGACUGAAAUCCACAUGAAUUGAGCAUGAUUUGAUCAAGUAGUCUGGAAAUGUGAUAUUAGUACUGGUAGCAUAGAUGGCCAAUUGGUUUUGUAAUCUGGGUUUUCGGAAAGUCAUGUAUGCAGUAAAGUCUAUGAAAGUAAACACUGUCUAAUUGUCCAUUAAGAAUUUUAUGUUUUCAUAUUUUGAGGGUUUUAAUUCAUUAAAGGUAAUGUUUGUCCCGGGUGGGAGGUUAACAUGGGGGAAUGCUUGCAUCACAAACACAAGACAUAGUCACCUAUUCUUAGCAGUUUUGAACAUGUCAUUGGACUGCACCAGGGUCUGAAUAAAGUAACACUUGUUUUGUAUAUUGGUUGAGUUAUCGUGCCAGUAGAUCAAAGUUGAAAUAAGAGAUAGUGAUAUCACAUAAUUUUGACGAGGGCUCAGAUCUCUUUAAAAAACUGUUUUUACACAGUUGUGAUAUUACUUGUUAUUACUUUGCUAAAAAUGAAAACCAAAGUGCUAGACUGCAGCCCCCAGCACAUUGCAUUUUGGGAAUAUAAAAUAUAGAGUGUACUAUAUAUUUACAACAUCAGAUAGAAAUUCAAGUUAUGCUGUUUCAAAUGGAGUCUCCAUCUGCCUAGCAUAAGGUUCCAGACAUCCUCCCUUUUGUCCCUGUUAAUGAGAAUUGAAGAACAGAGUAGAUGAUGUCCCGAGCCUAUGUUUGGAAGAUGCAUCUCAAUCUGCCUUCACUCCUGAGAACAUAUCAAAUAAAUAUUGAUCAAAUUUGAGAGAUUCUUAUGUAUCAAUGGGGUGCAAGUCCUAAUUUUACUCAUUCCUAUUCAAUAUCAUCCUUUUGACAUGCUGCAAACAGACUUAACAGGG